AUGGCUUCGCGUAUUUCUUUGCCCUCGGUGGAAACCAGGACUGUUCCCCGUGCCACUCCCAAUGGCAUGGGCAACGGUCUGUUUGCAACCACCGACAUCAAGCCCGGUGAAGAUGUUUUACAUAUCAAAACACCAUUUGUGGCUGUUCUUGAUUCACCACGACUUGAAGACACGUGUGCUGGCUGCUUUGGCAAAAGGCAAAUGGAGACUGGGAAUGAAUUGAAGGCUUGUACUGGGUGUCGAGUGGUCAAGUAUUGUGAUAGGGCCUGUCAAAGCAAAGACUGGAAAUUUGCUCAUUCGCUUGAAUGUCCUAUUUUCAAGAAUCUCAAGCCCAUGAUUCUGCCUAAUAAUGCUCGUGCACUGUUGCGUAUAGUGCUGCGAACUUCAAAGAACAAAUACAGUGCUGAGGAGACCAAGGUCUUUGACGAUCUGGAAACUCAUAUCAAUGAGGUCCAGGAGAGUCAAGGUCAGCUUGAUAAGAUCACUUUGACUGCAAGAGCUGUGAAAAACUACUCCGGUACAGAUGUGGAUGAAGCAACUGUUUCUACCUAUGCAGCCAAGCUGGACCUCAAUUCUUUCAAUCUCACCACCUCCCUGUACGACCGCAUCGGUCUGUACUUACACCCAUAUGCCGGCUUGAUCAACCACAGCUGUGAUUACAACGCCACAGUUGGAUUUGACGGGGAAGAACUAUACGUCAAAGCCAUGCGUCCCAUUGAGAAGGACGAGCAAAUAUUCAUUUCAUACAUUGACACCACGACACCAUACGAUAUCCGCCGCAACGAAUUGAAAGAGCGAUACUUCUUCGAUUGCCAAUGUAACAAAUGUGCCAAGGGUACAGACACACUGGAAGACAAAUUCAUCUCGACGCCCGAAGACAUGACGCCUCUCGAGACUGCCGAGCGAGAAGCCCUGCAACUCUUGCAAACAGCCACUGCAUCCAGCACAGAAGCUUCAGUCACAAUCGAACAAUUAGAAGCUGCCAUGCACACCCUUCACGAAACCGGAAACUGGCCUCUCACGCGCCAGCCCUACGCAUCUCUUCGCGACAAGCUCAUUAUCUCUCUGCUCACCGAAGGAAACUUCACUCGGGCUUUCAUCCAUUCUGCCAUUCGAUACACGAAGAUAGACCCCGUUGUCUACGACAAGGCGCACCCAAUCCGACACAUCCACGCCUGGAGUCUAGUCCGACUCACGGUUUUACUCUCACAGGAUGGAUUCUCGGCGAACCCUAAAGAUCCUGUCCAGGUGAAGGAUUUCCGGUUGAACCUCCACUACUUGAUUUGGUACAUCCUUGCUGAACUUACAAGCACCCAGCUGGAGAGCUGUACUGUCCCUAGCUUCCGAAAGCUGGUGAGCAACCAGUUUGUUCAGGUUCACAACGAGCUCAAGGCCAAUGGCAUCGAUCCUACCAAGUCUCGAGCUUCUCUGGCUGCUGAGAUGAAUAAGCUGGAGAAAAUGGUCACUCAAGCGUUGGCGAAGGAGUAG